AACGCGCGCUUGACCCCUGACGCCAUGACGUUUUGCUCCCAAACAAUCCUCAGGAAAAAGCCACGUUGACGACUCUGGACUGGAGCUCCGUCCUGAAUUUGGGCGAGAAGAAAACAGUGUACGCAGUAGUUUGGUGUCGACACACUUCGGAGCCUGAAAUAUGUCGUCUCCACCGAAGGAAAAGCUCGAAACAAAGGGUGGACACCCUCCUGCAGUGAAGGCCGGGGGUAUGAGGAUAGUGCAGAAGCACCAGCCGACUGCUAAUCCGGAGCCUCCACCAAAAGAUGAUGACGAGGAAGAGUAUGUGAGCAGCAGUCCACCUAAGGCCCCUGUGAUUGUGUCUGGAGUGGUUACUAAGGGCGAUAAGGACUUCACCCCGGCUGCUGCCCAGGUGGCACACCAGAAGCCCCAGCCUGGCAUCCCCAAGCUGCCCCCCUCUCAGCACAUCAACCACCACAUCCAUCAGCCCCGCAAGUGAGCCAGGAAGCUCGCUAUGCUGUGGCCAUGCUAACUCCACCGGUCGGCCUUCCCAAUUGAACACAAUUUCCCGCUAGGCACAGAUGUCUUUUGAUUGAUUGAUUGGUUGGUUGUUUUUGAUUACAGUUGUAUGAUGUGGAAUUUGUCCGCAACAAGCCUAUACCGGUAUGACCAUUGUUUCAACCGCAGUCUUUAUACCUCCCCUGCAUCGGUGCUGCACUAAUAGUUGUGCACUUUUGUCUCCUUUCUUCAAGAUGUAUCUCUUUUGAAAGUCUUAAGUUGGUAUAGACGUCUAUUAUAUGAUUUAAAAUGAGCAGAUAAUCAAUCACCGGUAUGAGUCACCCAAGUCAACACAAUAACAUUUGGUUAAUUAAGACCACUGAACCACCCAAUUAAUAGGGCGGAGGGCCUUGGACAUACAGUAAAUUAUGGAGGGAUCAUCUGUUUUUAAAAACGAUGUAAUAAAAAAGAAAAUAAAAACGCUUUGAUUUUAAAAAGUAUUUUCAUACGAAGACUGUUGCCACAUUGCACAUGGGCCACAAAAAGGAAACUUGAGCAUUAUAACCAAUAAACAUUCCUGCAAGGCACCCACUAAUUGGGCGGAUCCUAAUUAAGGCAAUAAUCCUGAAAUAUUUGUCAGUGUCCUAAAAUAUUGUGUUGAAUGCUUCGUUAGUUGCUUGAUGUGAGGUGUCAAGGGUAUUAUAUACUGUAACAUAGCAAACCUUAAUGCAGUUAACUGUAUUUAGCUUUCGCAGCCUCAUCACAGCAAUGUUAUUAAUUGUGCUAUGCACACGCAACCUGCUUCUAGCAAAGAUAAUCCAGCAGUGCCUGUUAACAUCCUGCACCAUACUGUUUUAUGUUUCUUCUAUUUCAGCAGCUAAUAAGCCAAAUCCCUGGCAAGUGUGUACCAGGGUCUACGUACCACAAGCCAAACAAAGCCCUGUCACCAAAAAACAGCAGAAUAUAAAUUGAAGGUAACAAAAAGUAGAGUAAUUGCAAAAAAAAACUAAAAACUUCAACAUUCCAUCAUUUUGUUUGUGGUAGUGUGCAAGUGUUGUUCAUUUUUAGCACAAGGCUUCUAUAUUUUAAACAUAUCAAGAUACACAAUCCACUUAAACUGAUUUGUCACAACACUAAUGUUCAGGAAGUUAAAGACACCCACUUUGCCAAGAAUCAGACAUUAUUUCAUUGUUAAUUUAACUUGAAAAGAGUUUUAUUGUUGCUGUCUUUGGCAUUUUUCUUGAGUCAUAUGUUCAAUUGUUUCAUCUGGAGUUUGGUAUUGGUUGUGGUUGUCAUAGUAAAUAAAGAUAAAGAUGAUCUUAAA